GGCAAUUCCCGAAUUCUCGCUCAUCUAGACUCUUCUAUGGCCCUCCAUGCUGAACACUUCAAACCAGCAAUUUUCGGUCUAAGAAGAAGAGGAAGACAUGGAGACAGCAAUUCACUGCGCCUCCCAAUUCUCGGUCCGCAAUUCCCAACAAACCGGCAACACUUCAAACACUUGAAAAAGAGGCGUGAGAAGACAGAAAGACGGGCGAGCCAAGAAGAAGAGGAAGACAGGAAGAAGGAGGAGGAGGAGGAGUAGAAAUUUUCUCUUCAAAAUUUUUGUAGGGGCGGGCGCCCCUGCCCGCCCCCACGUUGCUCCGCCACGGAUUAGAAGGAGACGAGACGGAUCUGGAUAAGGGCAUGGGCCUGGGCCUGAAUGCCAGCACUCUCUCCGAACCGCCAACUCCGAAGACGCCAACUUUGGUUCUAUCUGGUUCCGACAAGGCUCUGCUGGUUUCAAAUUCAAGUAAGUCCCUUGUUGUAUCGAAUUCCAGCAAGCAGAUCGAUAAGAAGAAGUUCGUGAAGAAGGUGACUGGUCGCCACAAUGACACGGAGCUCCACUUGGCUGCGCAACGAGGCGAUUUGGCUGCCGUGAAGCAGAUUCUUGGGGAAAUCGAUGCACAGAUGGUGGGGACUCUGAGCGGCACGGAGUUUGAUGCCGAGGUGCUGAAUAUAAGGUCUGCGAUCGUGAAUGAGGUGAAUGAGUUGGGUGAAACGACGCUGUUUACUGCAGCUGAGAAGGGCCAUCUUGAUGUGUUGAAGGAGCUGUUGCAAUAUACAACUAAGGAUGGCAUUUUGUUGAAGAAUCGUUCUGGGUUUGAUCCGCUGCACAUUGCUGCAAGUCAAGGUCACCAAGCCAUUGUCCAGGUGCUAUUAGACCAUGACCCCGGGCUAAGCAAAACAUUUGGACAUUCAAAUGCAACCCCUCUUAUAUCUGCUGCCACACGGGGGCAUACAGCGGUAGUUAAUGAAUUGCUGUCAACAGAUUCUAGCUUGCUGGAGAUAUCUAGAUCUAAUGGGAAGAAUGCAUUACAUUUAGCUGCCCGACAGGGGCAUGUAGAUGUUGUAAAUGCAUUGCUUGACAAGGAUCCACAAUUAGCUCGAAGGACAGAUAAGAAAGGGCAGACUGCUUUGCAUAUGGCUGUAAAAGGGGUUAGCUGUGAUGUGGUGAAGUUGCUUCUUGAGGCAGAUGCAGCUAUUGUCAUGCUCCCAGACAAGUUUGGCAAUACGGCAUUACAUGUAGCCACCAGGAAAAAGCGUGCAGAGAUAGUGAAUGAGCUAUUACUGCUUCCUGACACUAAUGUGAAUGCCUUAACAAGAGACCAUAAAACAGCCUUUGACAUAGCUGAAGGACUCCCCUUCUCAGAAGAAUCCUCAGAAAUAAAAGAGUGCUUGGCUAAUUAUGGUGCUGUUAGAGCAAAUGAACUUAACCAGCCACGAGAUGAGCUUAGGAAAACUGUCACAGAAAUAAAAAAAGAUGUACAUAUACAGCUUGAACAAACCCGCAAAACCAACAAGAACAUGAAUGGAAUUGCCAAGGAGCUUCGUAAGCUUCACAGAGAGGGAAUCAACAAUGCUACCAACUCAGUCACGGUGGUUGCUGUGCUCUUUGCCACUGUUGCAUUUGCGGCAAUUUUUACAGUUCCUGGUGGUGAUGCGGAUAGUGGGACGGCUGUGGCGGCGAACAGUGCAUCAUUCAAGAUCUUCUUCAUCUUUAAUGCCAUCGCACUCUUCACGUCAUUGGCCGUCGUGGUGGUACAAAUCACACUUGUCAGAGGGGAGAUGAAGACCGAGAGGCAGGUUGUGGAGGUGAUCAAUAAGCUGAUGUGGUUGGCCUCUGUUUGCACCACAGUUGCGUUUAUCUCUUCAUCUUAUAUAGUGGUUGGUCGACGUAGCCGUUGGGCUGCAAUUCUUAUUACUGUUAUAGGGGGAGUCACCAUGGCUGGAGUGCUUGGAACCAUGACAUAUUACGUGGUUAGGUCCAAACAGACUCGUAGAGUGAGGAAGAGAGACUCUUCGAGGUGUGGAACGAACUCAUGGCAUUGCUCUGAGUCUGAUACGGAAGUAAACCCAAUUUAUGCCAUUUGAUAUUAAGCCUGGUUUGACUAUCCCAAAAGGUUGAUUUUCAUGAUGGCUUUAAAGUGGCUUCUGGUGCGGCUUCUGGUGCCUCAGACAAGAUCUCAGGAUAAGAAUAUCGCAUAUGGAUGGCUUUCUUGGAAGCAGAGGAAUCUUUGUUUGGAGCGAAACUAGUCAGUAUUCCUGAAUCUUUAGAGGCAAUAAUUGAGAAUAUGAUGUGGUUAUUGUAUGAUAUACUUGAUGAUCUGCAUUAUGGUAUCCCAAUUGAUAUAACACAGCCUUUGGUUUUUCAUA